AUGUCAAAAGAUCCAAAUACAAUCAAGACAUCAGAACAUGAAAUAAAUGAAAUAACUAUUGAAUCACCAAAAACUACUGAACCAACUGAUAUAUCACAAAUCUUGGCUGAUUCACAUGAUAAUAUAUUACCAUUUCAUAAAGUAAUUGUGGUAUUCCUUGCCCUAGCUUCAUCAUUAUUCCUUUCAUUCAUUGAUCAAAGUGGAUUAACAAUCUCACUUCCCUUUAUUGCAAAAGAAUUGAAUGCUCAAGAAACCAUAUCAUGGGCAGGUACAAGUUCACUUAUUGGACAAACUACAUUUAUGAUCUUAUUUGGUAGAUUUAGUGAUAUUUUUUCAAGAAAAUAUGUUAUUAUCUUGUCAAUUUUAAUUUUGGCUUUGGCUGAUCUUUCAUGUGGAUUUGCUACAAAAUCUUAUCAAUUUUAUAUUUUCAGAUCAUUUGCUGGGAUUGGGAAUGGUGGUAUUAUGAGUCUUAGUAUGAUGAUUACAUCCGAUAUUAUCAGUUUGGAACAAAGAGGUGUAUACCAAGGGAUAAUGGGAAGUUUUGUUGGAUUGGGUAAUAUUGCAGGACCUUUUUUAUCAAGUGGAUUUAUAAAUAUUAAUUUAGAAAAUUUAAAAUGUUGGAGAUAUUUUUAUUAUCUUAUAGCUCCUUUAUUAAUUAUUGAUGCUGUUUUAUUAUGGGUUUUCGUUCCUUUUACUCAUCAUAAACAAGAUUUUACUAAACAAUUGAAACAAAUUGAUUCAUGGGGGUUUUUAUCUAGUUCUGUGUCAAUUAUUUUCUUUCUGAUUCCUAUAAGUGGUGGUGGAUCAACUUUUAAUUGGUCAAGUCCAUUAGUUAUAAGUUUUUUCAUUAUAAGUUUCAUUUCACUAAUUGUUUUCAUAAUUAUUGAGCUUAAUUUUGCAAAAUUACCAAUGAUUCCAAUUUAUCUUUUCCAUACUAAACCAUCAUUAACUUUUUUAUUUUCACAUAAUUUUUUCUUUGGUAUUUCAUAUUUUGGUAUGUUAUAUUAUAUACCAUAUUAUUUACAAUUAAUUCGUGGAUAUAGUUCAAUUGAUUCAUCAAAAUUUUUAUUAUGUUUAACUAUACCAACUAUGAUUAGUUCAUUUAUUGGUGGAUAUGAAGUUUCGAGAUCUAAGAGAUAUUGGUAUGUUAUUUGGACUGGUUACAUCUUAUGGACAAUAGGUAUAUGUUUAUUAAGUUUAUGGAAUGAACAUUCAAGUAUUGUACCAAUUAUUGCAUCGUUAAUCAUAUCAGGAUUUGGAGUUGGAUGUAUUUUCCAACCAACUUUAAUUGCAUUACAAGCCCAUUCAUUCAGGAAAGAUAGAGCAGUUGUUAUAACAAUAAGAAAUAUGUUACGUGGAUUAGGUGGAUGUGUUGGAUUAUCAGUAUCUUCUACAAUAUUAUCAAAUUUUUAUAUUAAAAAAUUAAAUUCAUCAGAAGGUUUUAAAUUGUUUACUAAAAGUGAGAUUUUAAAUUUAGAACGUGAAAUUUAUACAAAAUUUUCAUUAGAUUUGUAUACAUCUAAACAAAUUGAAUUUUUGAAAAGGAUCUAUAUGGAAUCAUUAAAGAAUGUUUUUUAUUUAUGGAUAGCGUGUAUAAUUUAUUGCCUGUUUACUAAUGCCACUGUUAGAGAUCAUGGAUUAGAAUCAAUUGAUGGAGAAAAGAAAUCUGAUGAGGAAACAUCUAGCAAUCAAGAAAAAGCAUAA